AUGAGCCAGGAGUAUGCCAACGGGAAGGGCAAAGCCCCUGCGCCGCAGGACGCCGAGCCCGACGCGAAUAACACCGCUCGCCACCCCAACGAGACCAAAUUCAUGACAGUCGGCAACGGCGCCGCUUCGGAACACGCGGCGCGACUACAACACUUAAUAGACAUCGAUUCCGGAUAUGGCGGAAGCAUCGCGGGCGAUGAGCAGAGCGCCAUGACGGGCGCAAAUUGGGAUGCGCCCAUGCAUCACGAACGACAGUCAGGAGUCGUCCAUCAGAUCUGGUACAACCGCCAGCGCACCGCCCUCGGCCGCUCGAUAAACAAGGUCCUAGAGCUGUUGAACAGUCUUCAGGAGACAAACACAUCAUGGCCUGCUCACUACCCCUCCGUGCAGCGUUCCGACCUCGAAGCCAACGCCACUCGACCCGGCCUGCAGCGUGUUAGCACCAUGGCUGCUGAUGCCGCCAGCUCGUCUUCCUCGGUGCAAGCACAACCGCCAAUCCUUCGACGCGCCAUGACAUCUCUCCAAGAUAGCACCGCCGAAUCUAGCACCGCUGCUGAGCGAAGAGGAGUCCCAGAACCCCGGCUCGUCUCGCCACAGAUCGCACAGGAAUUCUCCAUUCUCAAACUCGACCUGAAGCUUGGGUCCCUGCACCACACCGAAUUAGUCCACUCCCUCGAGAAGCACUCGAUUGCUGCUCUCCUCGACGGCAAGAUUGCGUCCAGCAUCAAGCACCUCAUUUCUCUCCGUGAACGCAUCGAAGAUACUACGAGUAAGGUGCUCAUCACCGGAGACUUGAAUGCUGGCAAAUCAACUUUCUGCAAUGCUCUUCUUCGCCGCAAGCUUCUACCCGAAGACCAGCAGCCCUGCACUGCCAUCUUCUGCGAAGUGCUCGACGCCAGGGAGAAUGCUGGCUUGGAGGAAGUACACGCAGUUCACAAAGAUGCCAUCUACAACCGGAACGACGAGAGCACCUACGAUGUCUUCACCCUCAUGGACCUCGAGAAGAUUGUCGUCGAUAGCGACACAUAUACACAAUGCAAGAUCUUCGUCAAGGACAACAGAACCAUUGAUCAAUCUCUGCUCAACAACGGUGUUGUCGAUAUCGCACUAAUCGAUGCACCAGGCCUCAACUCCAACAACACAAAGACGACCGCUAUUUUCAGCAGGCAAGAAGAAAUUGACGUGGUAGUCUUCGUUGUUUCGGCAGCCAACCACUUCACACAGUCUGCGACGGACUUCAUUGCCACAGCCGCCUCUGAGAAGGCUUAUAUUUUCAUGGUCGUCAACGGCUAUGACAACAUCAGAGACAAAGAACGCUGCCAAAAGAUGAUUCUGGAUCAAGUGGGAAGACUCAGUCCGCGCACACGAAAAGAGGCCGAUGAGCUAGUCCAUUUUGUGUCCAGCAAUGCCAUCCCGGUUAGCCCGUCGCCUCCAGGAGGGCCAAGCGGCAGUGGUGGCGGCGGCGGAGAUGAUCCGGAUGAUAGUGACAAGGGCAAGGGUAAGGAUUUGGACAAGAUUCGAGACUUCGAGGCCUUGGAACAAUCUCUACGCAGGUUUGUCCUAGAGAAGCGCGCGAGGUCAAAGCUUGCCCCCGCCAAGACGUACCUUGUCAACAUCCUCAACGACGUCAACACUCUUGCCCGAGUCAACCAAGAAGUUGCCCGCUCUGAGAUUGACCGCGUUGCUCGUGAGCUCAGAGAACUGGAGCCUCAGCUAGAAUCGAGCAAGAAGGCGAGGACCGAGGUCGAUGACCAGGUCAGCACCAGCAUUGAAAUCACAUGCAAGGAGGUCUAUGAUGAUACCCGCGCACAACUCACCACCGCUAUUACUGAGUCUGGAAAUACCAAGUACGACAUUCCUUACCCCGGCUUGUUUGGUGCAUUCUCAUACGCCGACGACCUGAAGGAGGCCAUGUUGUCGCAAAUAUCAGAAGCUGUCGACAUCUGCGAAGACCGUGCCAGACAGAGGACAAUGCGUGGAGUCAACACAAUCAAGCAAUUAGGCCUGCUGCACAUUGGCGAUGAGUUCCAAAACCUGCACUUCAAACCUGAGGUCAUGUUCCGUCGCAAGCGUGACGCUCUCGCGCGCAACGUUCACAUUUCAACACAGGUCUGGGACUUCUUCGAUUGGUCUACCAUUUUGCAGAAGCAGGAGAAGCUUGCCAGCACCAGCAUGGCCCUGACAGUUGCCGGUGCCGUUGUGCCGCGCAUGAUGGGCAUGGGCAACUGGAUGGACCAAGCCCUCACUGCGACCAAGGUGCUGAGCAACGAGAACCUGCGCCAGCUCAUCCUGCCCGGCAUCGUCAUCGCCGCCGUGGCCGCGUCCGCGUACGUGCUGCAGCAGAUCCCCAACUCGCUCCCGCCGCGGCUCGCCACCAAGAUCACGCAGCAGCUAGCCGACAUGGACUACGUCCACGGCAACUCGGCCCGCAUCGCCUCGUCGGUGCGCAAGGUGCUCCGCUACCCGGCCGACAACCUGCGCGUGCGCCUGGAGCAGAGCGUCAAGGAGCUCGACCACCGCCGCGACGAGACGGUGCAGACGCGCGCCGAGAGCGAGCGCGCGGCAAACUUCUUCGGCGAUCUCGCCCUAAAGAGCGAGAUGGAGCGCAGCAAGGUCAACGACGUCGAUCUCGAUGCGCUCCCGCAAGGUGCGCACUAA